AACAAAAGAUAUAUACAGUUAUAUUUCGGAGCUUCUGUUCUGUAUCUAUUCAUUCGUUUUCUUUUCUUUUCCCUCCUCGUUAGCAGUUUUCGUUCUCCAUUCUCUCCAUUCCUUCGCCAUGUCCGAUCUCGGCUCCGAUCUUCCUGCUGCCGCCGCCGCUCUUAGUGCUGAGGAUCGUGCUGGUCUCGUGAAUGCACUCAAGGACAAGCUCCAGCUCCUCGCUGGGCAACAUGUGGACAUCCUGGAGACACUGCCACCCAAAGUCAGGCAACGCGUGGAAAUUCUCAGAGAUCUGCAGAGUCAACAUGAUGAGGUGGAGGCUAAAUUUUUAGAGGAGCGAUCAAAGCUGGAGGCUAAAUACCAGAAGCUCUAUGAACCGCUUUACACAAAAAGGUAUGAGAUUGUUAAUGGUGUGGUAGAGGUUGAAGGAGUUACAAAUGUUGCAGUACCAGAAGAAGCCAACAAAGCUGCAGAAGACAAAGGAGUACCUGAGUUCUGGCUAACUGCAAUGAAGACUAAUGAAGCACUGGCUGAAGAGAUUACUGAACGUGAUGAGGGGUCCCUAAAAUAUCUUAAAGAUAUCAAAUGGUGUAGAAUUGACGAUCCUAAGGGCUUCAAGCUGGAGUUUUAUUUUGAUUCUAAUCCUUAUUUCAAGAAUUCCGUGCUAACAAAAACAUAUCACAUGAUUGAAGAUGAUGACCCUAUAUUAGAGAAAGCAAUAGGGACGGAGAUUGAGUGGCAUCCAGGAAAGUGUUUGACACAAAAGAUUCUUAAGAAGAAGCCAAGUAAAGGAUCAAAGAAUGCUAAACCCAUCACAAAAACAGAAAAAUGUGAAAGUUUCUUCAACUUUUUCAAUCCUCCCCAGGUCCCUGAGGAUGAUGAUGAUAUUGAUGACGAUGCUGUUGAAGAGCUCGAGAAUUUGAUGGAACAUGAUUAUGACAUUGGUUCUACAAUCCGGGACAAAAUUAUUCCUCAUGCCGUGUCAUGGUUCACGGGGGAGGCUGCACAGAGUGAUUUUGAGGAUAUAGAUGAAGAUGAUUAUGAAGAUGAAGAAGGUGAUGAUGAUGAUGAUGAGGAUGAGGAUGAGGAUGGUGAGGAUGAGGAGGAAAAGAAAGGGAAGAGCAAGAGUAAGUCUAAACUGCAGAGUGGUGGCAGGGCCAUACCUGGUAAAGAUCAGCCGAUGGAGCGUCCUCCUGAAUGCAAGCAGCAGUAGUGUUUGGCUGUGUACAAACAGACCUGGGUAUAUUUAGUUUCAGAGAAGUAAUCACUGUAGAGUCUGGGUUAUUUCAGUCAUAAUUUGCAAUUUAAUUAUUAUUAUUAUUAUGAUUAUUAUUAUUGUCUGCUCUUUUUUAUUGGGCUGGGGGUUGGUGGUGGUAAUUUUUUGAGUUGGCCUGUGAUAUGGAUUUUAUUUCUCUCUGCUUUUAGUUUUUUUCUGAAAAAGAAAAAAGUAAAGUGAUAAGUAUAUUCAUGACGUUGUCCAUAUUUAUUGUGUAUUAUACCGUUAUAUGAAACUGUACAGAUUUGCUGCUUCUGAUUGGGUUA